GUUCUGAUCGAGGACGAUGACGAGCCCCUUGGCAAGUGAGAGAGAGCAGGCAGAGAGCACGCUCAGUACACACGAGAACCUGCUGAAGGCCAUUGGAGUCGUGCGUUGUAAAUUAUGUACAUAAGUUGCUGAUGUUAUUCGGGUACACAUGAAUGGCCAGUCGCGCAACUUGGAGCCGUCAAACCGAGCAGCGAGUCGGGGAAUCUGCAGACCAACGGCAAGCAUCGUCUGAACUGGAACACGUAGACCAACUGACAGUCUCUCGCGCAGACCGAGGCUCGACGACUUCAGUGGGGGAUUUUCAAGCCGACAACACCGCCGCUCCCGCAUAAAAUGUAAAGAGGAAAAAGAAAAACAAACGGAGCCCAAUUUUCCGCUAUUUUUUUCUAAAGCUUUUUGUAAGUGUAUUUUUUUUCUCAAUGGGUGUAAAAUAAUUUUGUAGGCGGAAUGCCCAGUGUACAUCUCGUGUAAUAACGUUUGUAAAAAGCUAACGUUAACGUCAGUUAGGAAUAAAAACAGAAAUUCAGUUAUCAGUCAGUUAGCGAUCUAUCUGGGCUGAGCAGCUCGUUUUUUUAAUGCAUAUAUCGCUGGACCGACGAGCUUCGAUGUCAUAUUUGGGGUUUACUUGAAGAUAUUCACACCCGUAACUGAAAAACACUGCAGCUUUCCCCACCGGUCUUGAUAGAACUUCUGGUUUAGUGUGCGUUUGUAAGAGCUGGAGAAGUGUGGUAUACUUUGAUUAGUACUGCACAUAAGUGGGUUUUAAAGAAAAUGGUGAGGAGGAAAGUUAGGACAGAAACUAUUUUCUAAAGCUGUGGCCUCACCCUCCUGUGCUAUUACAAAGCAUCUACUAAAACGAUACACAGAGGCAGAGAGCGGAGGAAAGGUACUUGAGGAGCAGCCCGACAGACUAGAAGGGGUGAGUGGGUGACCACAGAAAGAGAGAGAGACGGGGACUGACGGAGGAACAAAGGUUUGGAGGAGGAGGGGUGGGAAAGGCCAUUCCCCAUGGCUACUGACCCAGGAGAGCCCACAGGCACCGAGGACUCCUCAGAGAAACCUGAUGGACAGAGGGAGGAGGACACAGAGCGGGAGGGCAGGGCUGACCCACAGAGGGAGAGGACACACAGCACCCCCUCGGACUUCCCCUCCUCCCGGAUUCAGGAGAGGAAAGCGACAGGAGGAGAGGAUGGAGGAAUCCGAAGAGGAGGAGGUGCAGCAGAAGCCAGCCAGGCGGGUGAGGAGAACCCAGUCGGACCAAUUUCAUUCUCCACACCCUCCUUACCAGUAGACACUGGCCAGAAACAACUGAGGAGGGAGAAGCGCUUCUUCAGGAAGAGUGUGGAGAUUUGUGAGGAGGACGAUGAGGUGGAGUUACCCCCAGAGGCGCCCCACAGUGCCCCCCACCUGGAGCUCCGCUCCUCAGACUCAGUCUUCAUCGGCAGUGCCCAGCAGCAAGGGGCUCCUUCAUCCUGUGCAACCCAGGGCCAUGACCCAUCCUGCCCCAGCUCCAGCCAGGAGCCUGGCAAGGAUGCUCCUUCCUCCGCACCCACCCAGAGGGGGAAGGAGAGGGACCAUGAGCAGGAGGAGGAGGCAGAGAUGAAGGCUGUGGCCACCUCUCCUGGAGGCAGGUUCCUCAAAUUUGACAUUGAAUUAGGAAGAGGAGCCUUCAAGACUGUGUAUAAAGGCCUGGACACAGAGACUUGGGUGGAGGUGGCUUGGUGUGAACUUCAGGACCGCAAACUGACCAAGGCAGAGCAGCAACGCUUCAAGGAGGAGGCCGAGAUGCUGAAGGGGCUUCAGCACCCCAACAUUGUCCGAUUCUAUGAUUCAUGGGAGUCUGUGCUCCGCGGCAAGAAAUGCAUCGUACUGGUCACUGAACUCAUGACUUCAGGAACGCUCAAAACUUAUCUGAAACGCUUUAAGGUGAUGAAGCCCAAAGUCCUGAGGAGCUGGUGUAGGCAAAUCCUGAAGGGCCUUCACUUCCUUCACACCAGGACUCCUCCAAUAGUCCACCGGGACCUCAAGUGUGACAACAUCUUCAUAACGGGCCCCACAGGCUCAGUCAAGAUAGGUGACCUGGGACUGGCCACUCUUAUGCGGACAUCCUUUGCCAAAAGUGUCAUAGGAACCCCGGAGUUCAUGGCUCCAGAGAUGUAUGAGGAGCACUACGAUGAAUCUGUGGAUGUCUACGCCUUUGGGAUGUGCAUGCUGGAGAUGGCCACUUCAGAAUACCCCUACUCUGAGUGCCAAAAUGCUGCUCAGAUCUAUCGCAAAGUCACAAGUGGUAUAAAGCCAGCCAGCUUUGAUAAAGUGAAUGACCCAGAGAUCAAAGAGAUCAUCGAAGGCUGCAUUCGUCAGAACAAGAGCCAGAGACUCUCUAUCCGAGACCUCCUCAACCACGCAUUCUUCGGGGAGGACACAGGGGUCCGGGUGGAGCUGGCAGAGGAGGACACAGGCACCCAGGACUGUCUGGCUCUCCGGAUUUGGGUUGAGGAGCCCAAGAAGCUGAAGGGGAAGCACAAAGACAAUGAGGCCAUCGAGUUCAGCUAUGACCUGGAGAACGAUAGCGCUGAGGAAGUAGCUCUAGAGAUGGUGAAGUCCGGAUUCUUCCACGAGAGCGAUGCAAAGGUGGUGGGGAAAUCCAUCCGGGACCGAGUUAAUCUGAUCAAAAAGUCACGGGAGCGUCGACAGCAGCAGCUCCUCCAGCACCAGCAGGGCUUUGAGGAAAGAAGAGACUCUACUCUUACCGCCCACACCUUUCCUCAUCCAUCCUGCCUGUCCUCACUGGGGCCAGGGGCAGCUGGACAGACUGGAGGGGGGGAGCAGGAGGAGGGCAGGAGUCUGAGGAGCUGCCUGAGGUGGACCAGCAUGUCAGGCAGCAACAUAUUUUCAGUGGAGCAACCCUUGGUCUGCCAGAAGGUGAGAGCAUUGGGUCUGCCAGCUGUGAAUCUUAUGCAAGUGGACAGAGCCAGGCGUACUCUCAGCAAGGGGAAUCAUACACCCACCCUCAGACUACUCUCCCACCUACAGCAUCGAGCUCUGGCACAUUGGCUCAUCCUCAUGCUCCCCAUUGGUGAGAGUGGAAGUGUUCCAAAUGUGCCUAUUGGCCAGAGUGUUAGUAUGUCCGGCAUGUCCAUAGGCCAAAGUGGAGGGGGACCUGUCGGUCAGACAUUUCUUCAGCCCAGUACCAUGGUUCCACAGGUAUCACCAAGUGUCCUUCAACAAUAUUUUCAGUCACAAACAUUCUCAUCAGAUACAGUUCAAACCACCACUCCCCAUGGGUCAAUAGCCCCCUCACAGUCAUACAUGCCCCCUGUUUCGCAACAAGCCCCCGUUAAUGUUCUCUCUACAUCUAUGUCAGUCAGUGAUCCGGCUGGACUAUCGGUAACCAUUGUGCCCCUCGUUCAGCAGACCCAACCCCCUGCCACUCCCAUGCAGUGCACUGACAUCAUUCCCCAGGCAGCACCCCAGCAAACACAGCCUGUCAUGAUCCCUCAGCAGACUAUUGUCCAACAACAACAGAUAGGCAUGGAUCCACAGACCUCCACUCUUCAGCAGCAGCCGCAACAGCAAAUUGAGGCCCAGGCCACUCUGCUCGAACAACAACAAGCUAGUGCCACUCAGCCACCAACGGAACAGCAUCCACAGAGCCUUUCAGCUACAGCUGUCCAGAAACAUCAGCAUGAUCCUCAGCAGCAGAUCUAUGGACAGCAGCAGCCUGUUCCGCCUGUCCACACAACUCCUGUGCAGCAAGUAUUACCUACACAAACAGGUAUGGAGCAGCGAGCUAUGUCAUUACCACAGCCAGGGGAGCACCCUCAGAGUUACAAACAGCAACCAAUAGGAGAUCCUCGUGAGCAGACCAUGAUACAACCACAACAACUGCAACAACAGCUUCAGCAACAGCAAACUAUGUUACAACAGCAACAACAGAAAGCUUUACUGCUUGAGCGACAUCAGACAUAUGUCCAGCAGCAGCUUGAUCAGCAGCAACAAAAAGCGUUGCUUCAACAACAGCAACAACAGGCCCAACUACAAUAUCAUCAACUGGAGCAGCAGCAAGCACUUAUACACAAGCAAUUGUUGGAUCAACAACAGCAGCAAGCUCUUAUUCAGCAGCAAGAGCAGCAGCAGCAACAGCAAGCUCUUGUACAACAACAGCAACCACAACAAGGACUUUUACAUCAGUUAGAGCAGCAACAGUCACACCCUCCGUUACAGCAACAGCAGCAGACCCAGUUAUAUCAGCAAAUUGGACAACACCAAUCUGGAAUACAAAAAGAACCAGAGAAGCAACAGCCAAGUGGACAACAGCAGCAACAAAUUGUAUUGCAGCAGCAACCCCAGCCGACUCAACAGCAGAAGGAACAACAAUUGCAGCAGCAGGCAUUGCUCCUACAAAUUGAACAACAACAACAGCAAGCACUAAUACAACAGCAUCUGCAUCAGCAGGCUAUUUUACAACAGCAGCAGUUACAACAGAAAGCUCAGCUACAGCAGCUGCAACAAGAGCAGCAACAAGUGCAACUCAAGCAGCAGAUAGAGCAGCAGCAGCAAGCGCUGUUUCAACAACAGUUAGAACAGCAGCGUCAGCAGCAAGUCCUGUUACAGCAACAACAAGCGGAGAGAUUACAGCAACAGGCUCUGAUACAACAACAGAUUCAAGGGCAGCAGCAACAAGCAGCCAUCAUUCAACUUCAGAAAAUUGAGCAACAACAGGCUGUCCCUAUUCCACAAAGUAACAGUGAGCAGCAAAUUCAGCAGCAGAUAACUGAUAUACAGCACGCGUGUAUCCCGCAACUAAACACCGCUCAGUUUACACCUCAUACCACUCUCACACAACAGCAAGCAGCAUUGAUCCAGCAGCAGCAAGCGUUUGUUGCCCAGUCGCAGCAUCACACCUCUGUAAUGGAACCUCAUAUCCCAGUUGGAGCUCCAGUCGGCACUGAGGUGAUUCAGCACCAAACUCAAAUUGUCUCACAGGCCCAGGUCCCCAUGGCGAUUCAGACUUCGCAGAUCCCUGCCAAGACGUCUGCUGUUGUCCCAGUUCAGGUCCUUACCCAGCAAGGACAAAGUGAGAAUCAGGGCCAGAUUCCAGUCAAAUUAAUAGCCCAGUCCACAGUCCAAGCAGCUAAGGCCCAGCUCGAGGCCCAAGUAACUCCUCCAGCGGCAAUGAUCCAGGGACAGACUCACAUCAUCCAGGCGCAGCAAAUUCCUUUACAGGGUAGUUAUCCAGGACCUGCCACUCCCACACAGAGCCAUGUAACUGCUCAGCCAUUAAUUCAGACUCAGCCUCUGCACCAGGGCCAGGGCCCAACUGUAGACAUUCAGAUGAUGGGACAACAAAGCCAAGCUACUGUCCAGCCUCCAGCUGCAAUUACCUCAAUUCCCAGUCAGAUCCAACGUGAGACUCUUGUUCAGCAAAAUGCUCAAAUGCCAGGGCUCAUUCAGCCCCAGCUCCAGCAACAAACUCAAGGCCAGCUACCUAGUCAGGUGCAUGCUCAUGCUGCUGCUGGCCCUCCAUAUGUCCCUCAGCCUGCCCACCAAGCCAUGCCAUCAGUACAGCAGGAUAUAACUCAUAUUACACAGCAGCAGCAGCAGCAGCAGCAGCAAGACUCAGUACUGCAGUUUCAGCAGAUGAUUAUAUCUCCUGGCUCAGCUGGAAGUGUUGGAACUACAACAGAUAUUCGCAGUUCUGUAGCUGAUCCUGCAAACUUUGUCGCCGCUCCUCAUCCUGUGCAGCAGGAUGGGCAAGCCUGUGUUCCAGGGCAAACAACACUACAUCCAGUUGUUCAGGCCCAGCAGCAGCCCUUAGGAAGCACUGCUGACCCUUCAGUCAUUCAGCCCAUCUCCCAGCCUAUAAUACCUCAGUCUACUGGACAAUACCAGCAACAGCUACAGCAGCUGUCUCAAGCACAGCAACCACUAGCUCCGCCUCCUCCACAGACCCAAUCACAGGCGCAGCCCAUCCCAGCUCCCAUCCAGCAACCACAUCCUCUAAAGCAGGCUUUGAUACCCCUUGACGAUAGUCAGCCGCUACCACAGUGUCCACCUGCUUCACAUCUGGUGAACAACCCUGCUGCACAAAUAGUCCCGAGUAACGUGGCUGAGCCUCAGUCUCAGAACACAACUCUGCCCCUCUAUAGUCAUCUAGUGACAGGCGCACCUCCCUCUCCACAGCAUCAAGCCAAGCAAAUGCUGCCAGCUCACACACACACACAGACCAGCAUUCAGGCCCAAUCACACUCCCAAACACAUGCACAGAUACAGGCUCAUUCUCUCACUCAGACACACACUGACUCACCUGUUGCUGAACAGUCUAUUCUGCCCCAAGCUGUCUGUCCUGCACAACAAAUGCCCCUCAGCCCCUCUCAUACCUCAUGUCUCCCAACAUCUCUACCAUCUCUCCCAUCCCUGCCAUCCCACCAUCCUGCUGCUGCCCCUGCGCCAGAGCUGCCUACACCAGUGGCCCAGAUUACCUUACCAGGACAGGCCGACUUUAUACCUACCUCCCCUCCGCCUGUCACUGCUCUACAAUUGCUUGAUUCUAAUGCCCCCAAACUGCCCCAAACCUCGCUGCAAGACUGUGACCUUUCCCUUCUGGGCAUUGCUCAGGAUGGUCCGUACCUGUCAAGUACAGAGCGUCAUACUUCGUCAGGGUCUGUUCCAGCUAACGGAGAAGAAACUCUUCAGCUGUUGGUCAAUGGGAAGCUGGAGAAAUUAAAGACUCAAAGACGAGCUUCCUGUCAGAGGCCUGAGAAAGUUUCACAUCAGUUUCAACUGAGCAUGCUCCAGGUGUCUGGCAGUGGGGACAAUAUGGUGGAAUGUCAGUUGGAGACCCACAGCAACAAGAUGGUGACAUUUAAAUUUGACAUCGAAGGGGAUGCACCAGAGGACAUAGCAGAUUACAUGGUGGAGGAGGACUUUGUCCUUGAUGUAGAGAAAGAGGCAUUUGUUGACCAGCUUAGAGCCAUUGUUAAGAAAGCUCACGAAAUUCUUCAAACACAUUCACAGGUAUGUUGAUUUGCAUAUUUCCGUCUAUCACAUUCUCUCUUAUUUUUCAGUUUUUUAUCAAAUAAUGAUGAAUUUGAGUCUUUUCUUUAUUAGACUGGAUCAACUGACCAGUUGCAUGUGAGCACUCCCACUAGCUCUUCAAUGGACUCAGUGCCCCAGUCCUCCCCAGUGGGACGCUGGCGUUUCUUUAUCAACCAGACCAUCCGCCAUAGAGACUCUCUAUCCAGCCAGGGAGCAGCCACACCACCACCCACUGCAGAAAUAAGGAUACCUCAUUCUUCUAAAACAGAGAAUGAAAGUGAAGGAUCCCAGAGUUUGGAGUCCUUGACUGGAAUGGCCUCUCCCCCCUGCACCACCUUGUCUGCCACCUCCCCUCCAGCCUCCACUGUCUCAGUCCUAACCUCUGUGCCCCCCUCAGCCACCGCUGCCCUGCUCCUCUUACAGCUGCCUCUGAGAGCAUCUCCGCACCACCCUCCACUCCUGAAGCCUCUGUCCCUGUUACUGCUUCAGGGUCUAGAACUGCCAAGCCUCACCUCAGCUUCUGUUGAUCAAAUUCCCACUGCUCCCUCAUCCACAGCAGUAUCUGCUACUGCUAACCUCCCCACCAUUUCCACUGCUCCUACUGUUGCGUCUCCAAAACCCACCACCAUUCUGCCUGAUAUCCUCACUUCUCCUGGAAGCAGUGGUUCCUCCACUGUAGGUCAAAGUAUAGUGGAUACAGUGAUAACUGCUCCAAGGUCACUUGUGCCUGCAGCGGACCGUUCUUCAACCUCUUUUCAUUCCCCUCCUCCUGCUACUGCAGUGACCUCUUCUGCUGUAAGCCAACUUGGGAUGGAGCAGCAGCAGACACUCACCCAGGUGGCCACACCAUCCCCAAAACAUCCACAGCCACAGCCACAGCUACAGCCACCGCCACAGCCUGCAUUACAGCAGCAGGUACCAGCAGUUCAACAGCAACUGCAGGCAAUGCAGCUUGAACAACAGGCACAACAGAUACAGCAGGCAACAUCACAGCAACAACAGCUUUCACAACAUCAAGUGUACCAAGAACAAAUUCAGCUGCAGCAGGAACGAGUCCUGCAACAGUCUCUGCAGCAGUUACAACACCAGCAAUUAAUGCAGAAACAAAUACCACUUCAACAACAGCUGACUGAGAUGCAGGUGCUGCCUCGGCCUGGUCAUACCGAGUUGUUACAACAGUCUGUGCCUCUGCAGCAGUUUCUGCCACCGUUGCCCCUACAGCAAACCCAACAACCCCUUCUUCAGCAGCAAACAUCACAGUAUACCCCACAGUUUCUGCAACAGCCUCAGAUACAGCAGUUGCCACAACAGGUUAUGGCACCCCAAGUUGCAGUAGUGCCCCUACAGCAAGCCCACAUUGAUCACCAGCAGCAGAAACAGUUAAACCUACAACAGACAAUACACUUACAGCAACAGCAAAUGGUACAACAGCAGCUACAGCAGCAGCAGCAGCAGCAGCAGCAGCAGCAACAACAGCAACAGCAGCAGCAGCAGCAGCAGCAGCAGCAGCUGUUCAUGGAUGCUAUGGCUUUAAAGCCAGAUCAAAGCCAAAUGCUGCCCCUGUCAAUUAGUCAACAGUUUCUUCAACAACAGGCACAGCUAAAUGUUAGCCCUGUACCGCAACAGCAGAUUCCACAACAAACCCAAAUACCUGCUGAGCUGACACAACAACAUAUACAGCUGCAACAGAUGGAGCAGCAAGAAGAGGUGGUGAAAGCAAUGGACACACCACAGAAACAGCAGCAGUUUCCACUGCAGAAGCAGUCCUCUUUACAGAUGUCUGAGUCCGAGGUGUCCGCAGGAGAGGCGAGCUUCUCAGAGGACCCAUGCAGCUGCUCUGCCCCGUAUCCCCCUUCCUCUGACUCUUCUCUGCCUCCCCUCCACCUGGGCACCACUGACGCCCCCUUACCCGCUCUAUCCCUCACAAUGACCCCAUCUCCUGCCCAGCCCUCCUCCGUGGCUGAGUCAGACAGUGAAGGCCCCCCUAAAAUUGAAUUUGUAGACAACCGCAUAAAGACCCUGGAUGAAAAGCUUAGGAACUUGUUGUAUCAGGAGUACAGCAGCGGGACGGCGCUGGCUGGGGGAGCUGCCUUGGGCCCUACGUCAGCUGCCUCCACAUCAGCGGGUGGAGAUGAGUCAUCUGAGCCACAGUCGCUUCACCACCUGUCUUUCCCCCCACCUGCCUCCUCCUCAGAUACUUCCCCUCACUCCUCAUCCUCCACUACUUCCUCCACCACCUCCCGUUCCUCCUCCACCUCCCCUGACCCGGAGAGGGAAAGGGGAAGAGAGGAACCUUCAUCAGAAGUGCCCAACUUUGCGGAGGUGCGCCCUGUGGAGCAACAGCCUGGCCCAUCUCUCCCCUCCACCUCUGCCUCGUCCACCCCGCCUAUCUCUCUUCUGCCUCUCAGUCAGGAUGACUCUGCUGGGCUCCAGCGCCCUCCUGUACCAGGAGAACCAACCAUUCUUGCUGUACCCCCACACUCUGACACCAGUACCACUGGAGACGCAUCGUGGCCCCCCAAUCAGCACCCGAUCCCCCUCCGACAUGGACAGCAGAAGCACAAUGCAGGAGGUGGAUAUUUUGGCCUAAACCUGACAUGUCCUAGUAUCAGAAAUCCUGUUAGCAAGAAAUCCUGGACUCGCAAAUUCAAAAACUGGGCGUGCAAACUGCGCCACUCCGCCAGCUUGUUCAAGAAGCCCAGAGUCCAGCAAGGAUAUGGAUGGGUGAUUUUUAACACUGUGACUUUGUGUUCGUGCCCCAUGUCUAUCUGUGUGCAUCUUGUCUUUCUGUCAUGUACAUUUUCUCGUGUCUGUUGCUUUUGUGUGUCUACGUUGUCGUUUAUGUACCCUUUAUACCCGUGUCUCCGUGUCUUCCCUAUUUUGUUUUUCAUCCCUAUCUCUUUAUCAGAUGGACGUUCCAGCAGCCAGGCACUUAGAGAGGAGAAGGAGGCGCCACCUCUAAAUCCACCUCAGUCACGCAGAGGACGAUUUCAGGUGACUCCAGUGCCACAGUCCUCUCCCCCGAAGGAUGCGCCAUCAGGCCAUAGUAGCACUCACAGGAAAGUGGGACGGUUCUCUGUAACCCAGGCUGAGACUAAGAAACAGGACAGGCAGACUGACAGCUCUCCGGUGUCUCCUGAUUUGGAGAGGGAGAGGAGGAGAUCUCGGGCAAAGGAGGGAGAGAAAGAAGAAAGUAGGAGAACCCCAGCAAUGGCUCACCUGCCUCGAGGUCAUGGGCACAGCCAUUCACCCCUGGGGAGCAGCGAUGAUGAUGAUGAGAGUGAGCUGGAGGAUGAAGACUUGAGAAAGGAACUGCACAAGCUUAGAGAGAAGCACAUCAAAGAGGUGGUAUCCCUUCAGGCCCAGCAGAACAGAGAGCUGCAGGAACUGUACAGACAGCUUCGUUCCCUCAAAGACCAAAGACAGAGUCUGCCUGCCUCCCUGUCCAGAACCCCUCCUCUUCCCACGGCACCUCCUGUCCUCUCUCCCCGCAGGCCCAGGCCAGCCAAAAUCAAGCUCAGGCCCCGGCCUCACUCUCACAUGGAUAACAACGGAGUCACACACUCUGGGAUUCAGCAGGCAAGUAGUUUCUCAGGUGGUGAACAGAGUAGACUGCCCCAAUACUGCAACCCAGACCACCGCCCUAAAAGAGAUCACAGUCCUCCAAGAAAAAGCACAUUCACAGAUGAACUGCACAAACUUGUUGAUAAUUGGACAAAGGAGACAGUGGGUCCUUCCCUGCCCAAACCAUCACUGAAUCAAAUCAAGCAGAUUCAGCAGGUGCAGGAGUUGGGAGGCUGGAGCCAGCCUACUGAAGUGGCUCCACCAGGUUGGUUUCCAGUGGCGCCAAUAAACCCCCAGGCAUCCGCGGCCCCUGCUAGCUUGCCUGUGGCAGCCCCUUCCCAUUACACAGGUGGAGGGAGCCUGUCCACCCUGCACUCUCCGGGACCACAACCACAAACACACAUGGCUCAAGUGCAACAGAUGCAGCCAAGUUUACACCUCCAUCAGUCUCUCCCCCUCCAGCAGAUGAGUUAUCAGCAGUCCCCGCUCCGCCAGCAGAUCCCGCAGCCCCGGAUGCAAACUCCCGUACAGUGUCAGUCACUACCACAGACACAACCCAUCCCCCAGCUGCCCCAGUCACCACCCCAAAGCCAACCACUGCUGCCUUCCCAGAUGCCCACAUCUCCGGUGUCCACGGCCGUGUCUCUGCUGCCCAGCAGUUGCACCACAGCGCCCACAGAUAGCACUGCUGCUACUGUGGGGACAUUUUGCUCGUGUUCCUCAUCCGCUUCCACCUCUUCCUCCACUUGCUCUACUGCUGCUAUACCUUCCAGUGCCAAAAUUCACCCAACACCCCCCAACUCUACUCUUCCUCUGGGACAGAAAUGAAACCACAGCGAAGUGUGAGGUCAAUAUGAAGGUGCAAGAGAUGGAAAUACUAUGUAAAUCAGGACGUAAAGCAGUUCCAUUUGGAGUGUUAGUUUUGUGUAUGCAUAUGAGAGUUGUGACUGCAAUGAAUAUAUGGAUCCCAGUGUACUUCUGGAUGAGAUGGGGAGUGAAUGUGAGAGAUGAUUGAUUAUGGUAUGUACAAACAGAGGGUAAUAUGGAACACAGCAGCUGGGGUUUAUGAAUCAUAGUAUGUUUGGGUGUUGAGAUGUAUAAAUUCUUAAAUGUGUGAGUGUGUGUGUUUAUGAGUGUGGGUGAGUGUUUAUGGAUUAUCCGAGUACAUAUCCCUCAUGUCCUUUUACACAAAUUAACGUUCAUGUUUUUGUUUUCAAACCAACUCAGUUGGACCUGAACUCUCCCUAAGCAGAGACAAGGAAAACAAAAUAUUUGACAGUGUGUUGACAUUUUUUGUUUAAUUUGUCAAUGCUUACAGUGAAAGGACUAUCAAUUUUAAAAGUGCAAUUAGUAAUGGUCAUCUAAAUUGAUCAGCAUGUACUGUAUGGAUUUGUCUGUAAGGGAUAAAAUAUUUUUAUAGAAGCACACUGACGAACUCAAGACGCAUCGUGAUAGGAUCUUUUCAUGAUUGUUAUAUGAUAUUUUAAAACUAGGCCUACAGCACAAGGCAUUUCAAAUGGGCAAUGAAAAAAUAAUUAAACGGCAUGUUACACAAUAGAGCACGGGAAAAUUAUUUGGCUACCAUCGUUACCACAAUACAACCAAACACACCGUUGCAGUAUUGUGCACGGUACAGCAUGUGCUUCAUUUGUAUUAUUUUAUGUUUAGCAGUUGUAACAUAGAAACAAUCUGAAUUACCAUGGUGAUAGGAUAUAAAUUCAGAUGAAUUCACAUUAUGAUGGCAAAUGGAAAUAUGCCAUUUAUGUUCUGUGGAUAAUUGGGUAUACUCAGCCCAAGAUUGCAUGACCUUAUGACUAACUUGACUUGCCUGAGUGCAAACUACUUGCACUCGCUGUAUAUUCACGAAUCUCUCAUUUACUAUUUGUAGCCUACUGAGAUAAUUUAUCAGUCAUGAGUAAAUUUGCUGUCGGUAUGAUAUGCUUUCACAUUUGACAUUUUCACUUUCAGUUUGAGCUCCGCAUAUCAAAGGAUAUCACAGUGUCAUGCUGAGGAGUAAGCCGAAAAAGAAAAAAACUGCCAAGUUAUUAUAGACUGGGGAGACCAUGUGGGUUAUUCCCAUAUUGCCUUUUAAAAUUACUGCAUUUUUUUGUGGGUGUGUGAGUGUAUAUUUUUUCUGUGUGAAAAAGCUUUGUGAUAGUCCCAUGGUAUAUUGCAUUAAAAAUUACAUCCCUGUUUCUUUCAUUCAAAGCGGCCUCUCAAAUGUCACUGUACCCAACUGAAAAUGUUUACUUUGCCUGUGCUUUGGGCUUGUUUCCUCAAGAAACAAAACAAGUGAAAGGUUAGACCAGAUACCGGUUGUAAGUUUGAUGUUCAACACCGUUGUGAGAUCCUCACUUGCCUAUUUGUCGACUUUGGAGCUGGACAAAUUCCUAAUUUCAAUUGUGAACUAUUUAGUCUUUGACCAUAGGCUGUCAGUGUGAAUGCAUCUGUCAGAAGCUGAACUGACUCAAGUCAAAAAAUGUUCUAAACUCACUUAUUUGUAGAUGCAGAGAUACACUGAGUAAUAUAUCAGCAGCGGAUAUAUUACCGUACAUUUUAUUGGGUUAUCAGUGCACUUAGCCAUACACACAUUUGACCAUCGAUUCAUUAAUACACAUUUUGACAUAAGAAGUAGCCUGUAGUCAAAGUAUUUCUGUUGUUUUAUUGAUAGAGAUCGUGUGCCACUGAAAACAAGAGAUUGUACCGGUUGUUAAGGACUGCUAAAUGUGAGUCAUAGACAUUUAAAACAUGAAUGGUUAAGGAAGAGGAGUUUGUGCUAAAGGGUAUGGUUUAUUCAGAAACUGAAAUUGCAUAAUCUAGAAUAUGACAACAAUUUUCUGUAUUUGUUGCUUUUCAGGACAACACAUUGUCACAGAGAUGUAGUUCUUAAUUAGUGAAUGUGAGAUUCUGUGCUGUUGUGUCUGAUACUAACAUGUUGACUGCAAGCUACAGCUUAAUGAUCAUUGUUCAUGAUGUGGAGCUGGCUUUGUCCUUGAAGUGUUACCAAAAUGUUAUCUAAAAGAUAAAGAUUAUUUUUGUAUUUUGAAAUGGGGUUGUACAAAUUGUAAAAUUGUGUCCUCAUCAUUAUAAAUCAGAGGUUAUUUAAAACUAGAAAACACUGGUUUUCAUCCCUGUUUAUAUGGGACUCCCCUGCCUUGAUAUACGUCUGAGAGUUUUUGACAUCUUAUUGACAUAAGAUGUCAAUAAGUUUUGAACCAUGACAACCUGGAAGAUAAAUAACAGAAUGACAUAAGCCUUCCCGUUGGACUGCAAGUCAGAUUUAAUACAAUUAAAAAUUAAUGCAACAAAAAUCAGGGGAGUCCCAAAAUGGCAUUAAUGAGAACCAAUUAGAAAAGGACAUUUGGGCAGAGAAACCUCAAAUAGUAAAGUAAGUUGCUGGUGAUUUAGCCUCUGUAAAUUGUAACUAAUUCAACUGUUGAUUUUAUUUAUGUUUUGUAACUAAUCAAAAUAAAUGAUGUUAAACAUCAAA